GAAGCGUUCGAUGUACUUCUCUGUGUGAAGUGGAUAACCGUCCACAUCUCUGACCGAACACUGCUGCUGAGACUGAUAUCAAGGUUUUCCUCUACUUACGGCCUAUACUAGUUUUAUAAUAUAACUUAGGCUACACUGUGAGCGGAGUGUCAUAGAGGACUAUUUCGGUCCGCGUCUGGACAACUUCUACUUUUACGCAUUGCAACAUCGGUGGCAUUCCAGGAGUAACAACUCGACGGGACGGAGCUCUGAACGUACGACGUUUCAUCUUGUUUAUACACUACUUUGAGCUGUCUGCAGUCCUCCUCUGCCGAAGUCAUGUUUUCCAAAGCCACUGCCAACUUUGUCCGUCAUAUUGACCCCGAAGGAAGCCUCAAACACGUGUCCCGAUUAAAUGACUCAGAUAAACUGGUUCCCAUGGCACUAGUCGUCAAACGCAACCGCAUGUGGUUCUGGCAGAGGCCUAAGUACCAACCAACAGAUUUCACCCUCAGCAACUUGUUGCAAGGCGACGAGGUGCUCAGUCCUGACGUGUCCAAGACAGAAUUUGUGACCUACGAGGGGACAUAUAGAGACAAACUGUCCGGGAAGCUGGACACCGAGGCUGGCUCUGUCAGAGCCACGCUGGAGGGCCAAGGAACUUCCAAGCUCCAAUCAUGUUUUGGCAAGCUGAAGAAAGAGGAACUGGAUGUGAAGAAGCUGUUAAAAGACUCCAGCAGAAGGCUGAUAGACAUGCAGCAACCACUGGUGCAGCAGCUGGAGAAGCGUGCUGACGUGCUGGCAGUGGUUAAGGAGAGGAUCCUCACCGUCAACUCCUGCACCGUCACCCAGACCAAAAAGGAUCAGUGCGCCUUUCAGGGCAUGCUCGGACUAGUGGGGAGCUCUUUUAAGGUGUGUGCGAAGGACAGCAACAACAUUGAGGUGGACUCUGAUGUUUCCUUGGAGAUCCCCUCUGGUACAGUCAUUGCAUACAGCAUCCUGGAACUGGAGAUAAAGAAAAGUGGACACUUUAAUAUAUGCCUACAGCCUGGAUCAAUAGGAGGCAUUGAGGCAGACUCACUUGAGUCCUGGCCAUCCCAGGAUUCCUUGGACAAAGUCGACGGCAAGUGCAAUGGGGAGAAAGUACCUUUGAGUGCACUGCAAAAUGGAUCACAGGAGAUGGACCUCUCUCCUCUGGCAGAGCUCCCCCAGUUGACUCGAUGUGUCUUGUUCAAGAGACUCCAAGAGACUCUGGGGGACAGAACUGCUCUGUCAUAUAUGGAGUGUUUGUUGGAGGAGUUGUGCAGUGGUGAAACACUCAGCAUGGCCAAGCACAAAGAGCUGUCGGAGAGUCAAAGAAAAUUAUUGUCAGCCAUACUGGACCGACCCGACACAGACAGUCACGCUGAGAACAGCCAGUGUGGUAUUCCUUCCCAUCUAAAUGCAGCUCACCUGUUGGUCAGUGCCUUGGAAGAGUUGCCUGAUCCAACUCUAAGCCUCUUGAGCGAGAGCAGUGCUGAUUUUCUGGAGGCCUUCGACGCACUGAUGUGCAUGUUAAAGAAGAGCAGCGAGCCUCUAUCCAUCCAGUGUCUUCCGGUCCCCCUGCAGGACAACCAGGCCUUCCAACUGGCAGAACAGCUGCUCAGCUCCACCAAUGUGACGCUGAAGAGAGACAGCGACAGGCUGUGGAUGGAGACGGGAGAUGAAGCAGGAGUUCUCCCACUGGUCCUCUGUCUCAGCAUACAGGGAUUGUCCCUGCUGUGCAAAGGGCAAAAGUAGUGGUAGUGUCUGCAUGUGCACUUUCUUUCUUUUUCGUGGAGUAUAUUCGGUUUAUUUCUUUUUUUAUUGUAAAGUUUAUUGGGACUAGGAAAAUAAGUAUUUUUCAUAUGUUUACUAUUCAUACAGUAUCAUAAAGAAAUUGCUAUUAUUUUAUUGUUUCAUUUUAUAUUUUUAUUACUUUAUUUAUGAGGUUCGGGCACCUUACAUAAAUCUGUCCAACAAAUUGUUAUCGUUUUGUAUAAAUCCAGUUAUAUUAUUUUUUAUUCAUAAACUUUCAGCUCAAUAUUAAAAUGUGUCUGCAUCAAUAGGUUGAAAUAAUUAUCUGACCCCCAGAUCCACUGGAUCUACUGUAAAUGCAUAGUGGUUAAACUGAAUUUUUAGCUCAAGAAAUCUUUAACUACAGUAGAUUUCACAUUUUUUUAUUAACAACAAAAUGUCAAAUGUGAUGCAUGCCAAGAGUAUACAACAUUGCUAACAUUUAUACAACUAUGCAGAAUGCUGAAAACUGUGUUGCACUAUUCUGGUUCUAUUCUAUUGAGGCUGCAUUUUAUUGCUGCUGCUGCAACUAAUCAAAAAUAUUUGCUAGUUCAUUCAUCAAAAAAACUAUAUAUUUAACAUUCCCUGAAAUACUGGCAUUGUAUACCAAAAAGCUACAUUUAGUUAAAAUAUAUGUAUUGAUGUCUCAUACGUCUUCAUACAGGAAGCUGUACAGUUUUAUGAAGCUGCCUUUGCCAUGUACUUACUGCCUCUUGCCUAUUUUGUCUGUUAACAUUGUAAUUUAUUGUUGAUUGGAAAAAAACAUGUUUUACUUACAUUUUUAAAAAAUCUCUGCAUUUAGCUCUCUGUAUCAUUGCUACAUUGCUGCUAAGUGUAUCAUUUUGUCUUACAAAAAUAAAACUUUUAUAUUGCAUGGACAGUAUCUACCGAAGAUGAAGAAAUGUAACGCAAAAUGAAGAAUUGUAUUAAUCUUUCCUGGAAAUAUUUAAGGACAUUUUUUACUUUUGAUGUUAACUCAAUGUGCUCUGUGUCGAAAAGCAAUAACAUAAUGAACUUCAUUAUAUUGUUAUUAAAAAUCUUUCUUCAU